UGGAGACCUCUUUCCAGCUAGUAUUAGGUACUAUUAGGUAUUUAUAGUUUUUAUCAUAAUAUCGGUUGAAGAUGAAGUAUUUAAUAGUAAUUUUUGCUUUGAUCUCAUUUUCAAAUGCUGGAUUUAUAAUUAAUAAAAGUAAAUCAAAAUCUGAUAUGUCAAAAAUACGUUAUGGAUGUUUGAAGUCAACAAAUUAUCCAUUAGAGGAUGCCCUUAAAGUGGAGAAGGGAGAACUGACUGGCAGUGAUGAGGAAAUGCAUUACAUGCUUUGCUAUGCAGUCAAACUUGGUUUUGCCAAUGAAAAUGGUACAUUUAUUGAGAACGAAUUUUUAAAUCGUUUAACUGAAGAUGUUAAAAAAUUAGAAGUGAAGAAAUUUUUAGAUGAAUGCAGUACUGUGUCUGACGAGACACCAGCAAAAACAAUUUAUUUGCAAGCUGCUUGUUUAUUUGAUAAAGGUGGGGAAAAAUUGAAAUCUGUAAAUGAAUAGUAAUUAUAUAUUAAAUUAUUUGUCAAUAAAACAAUUAUA